AUUUUGUGUAUGAGAUAACUAAAAAUAAAUAACCAAUACUUUACACAAAAACGAAUUUCAUAGGGAUCGUUUGGCAUCGUUAUGCAAGGAAUUGAUUCAAGAAAUAGUAAAUUGGUAGCCAUAAAAAUUGAAAGGCCAGAAAACGAACAUUUGCAUUCAUUAGAUCGAGAAGUGGAAAUUUUAUAAAGGUUAUAAAAUACAAAGGGUAUACCAAAAUUGUUGUAUUAUGGAUCAUAAGAGAAUUAUAAUGCAAUAGUGAUGGAAUUAUUGUAAAAAGACUUGUCAUCUUUAAUAAAGUAAAGGAAGAAAUUUAGUUUAAAAUCUACACUUUAAAUCUCGAUUUAACUGGUCUCAAUUCUAGAAGAAAUACAUAAAUAGGGUGUAUUGCAUAGAGAUUUGAAACCUGAAAAUAUGAUGUUGGAUGAAAAUAACUCAGUUUAUCUGAUAGAUUUUGGGAUUAGUAAAAUAUUUUAACGUAAAAAUGGAAGUCUAAUGUAUAAUAUUCCAUUUAAAAGUAGACCUUAUAAAGAGAAGGUGCCAUUUGUUGGAACUGCUCGUUAUGCAUCAAUUGCAGCUCAUAAAGGAUAAGAACUAAGUAGAAAGGAUGAUAUUGAAUCAUUAUUCUAUGUAAUGGUCUUUUGUAUAAAAGGGUAUUGAAGGUUUUUGAUCAUUAGAUUAGCACUUUGCCAUGGCAGAAUUUAAGGCACAUUCCAGAUGAUUAAAGAACCUAAAAAAUAGGGGAAUUAAAAGAAUCUAUAGAUCCGAAAGUACUUUUUAAGGAUUUGCCUAUUGAAUUCAUAAAAAUUUAUGAGUAAUUUAUGAUUAGAUAAUAUUUUAGUUAUUUAAGAAAGUUAACAUAUAAUACUGAGCCUGAUUAUAAAACCAUAAUAAAAUUAUUAUUAUAAGCAUCAAAACAUUCAAAUAUUAUUUUAGACUAUAAAUAUGAAUGGGAUCAAUUAAAUAAUUAUUAAGAUCUAGUUGUAAAUCGAUUUGGAUCAUUAUAACCAGAAGAGACACAAAUGAAAAAUUAUGAAAAAUUUCAAUCGAAUGUUAACUACAAUAAUAAUUAUACUACUCAAUAAAGAGCAAGUUAAUUAUAAUUGCCAAUUAUGAAAUUGGAAUCUAAUUAAACAAACAAUAGUAAUUAUGGAAGUGGCAAUUAUAAUAAUAGUAUUUAUAAUUCAGUCGGUAUUAUCUAUUCUCUAUCAAAUGAUGAAAUAAGUGAAGAAUUACAAGAACCUAUUCCAGAUGAAUAAGAAAGCUAAAUCUUUAUUAAUGUUUAAGUUUUUCCUGAUCAUUUGAAAAAGCCUAAUUAAUAGAGAAAUAUUAAUCAAAGUGAGGAAGAGUUUUAAUUUAUUGAAGAUAAUUUGUUAUCUGAAAAAUAUCAAAAUUUAAAUGCACGAAUUAAUGGUAAUUUGUAGAGUCAUAAAAAAUGA